CUUUCAUUGUGCAAUGGGAAAUGCCAUUCAGGUUAUAGAAAAAGCAAGAAAGAGGACAAGCCAUUUUGCUGCUAUGAUUGUAUUCCAUGUUCAGAAGGGAAGUUCUCAAACCAGACAGACAUGGAUGAUUGUUUUCUGUGUCCACAUGAUCAUUAUCCAAACAAAGACCAUGAUUCAUGCAUUCCCAAAUAUAUAAGUUACCUAUCUUAUGAAGAAAACUUGGGCAUUGCCCUGAGCACAGUGGCUUUUGUGCUUUCCUUCAGCACAAUUUCUGUACUAGGAAUCUUCAUGAAGUACCACAACACUCCCAUUGUGAAGGCCAACAACCGCAGCCUCUCCUACACCUUGCUCUUCUCCCUCCUCUUCUCCUUCCUUUGUUCUCUGCUUUUCAUUGGACAACCCACAAAAGUGGCAUGCCUCCUUCAACAGACUGCUUUUGGAAUCAUCUUCUCAGUGGCUGUUUCUUGCAUGUUGGCUAAAACCAUUACUGUGGUUCUAGCUUUCAUAGCCACCAUGCCAGGAUCAAGAAUGAGGAAAUGGGUUGGAAAACAACUAGCUCUUUCCAUUGUCUUCUUCUGCUCCCUUAUUCAAACUAUCCUUUGUGUGGUCUGGCUAUCCAUCUCUCCCCCUUUCCCAAACAUUGACAUGAAUUCUCUAAACAGUGAAAUCAUUUUGGAAUGUAAUGAAGGAUCUGUUGUAAUGUUUUAUUGCAUCUUGAGCUUCAUGGGCUUCCUGGCUGUUGUUAGUUUUGUUGUAGCUUUCCUAGCCAGGAAACUGCCAGACACUUUCCAGGAAACCAAAUCCAUCACCUUCAGCAUGCUGGUCUUUUGCAGUGUCUGGUUGUCUUUUGUUCCUGCCUACAUGAGCAGCAAAGGAAAAUACAUGGUGGCCGUGGAGAUCUUUGCCAUCCUGGCCUCCAGUGGGGGCCUACUGGGUUGUGUCUUUUUCCCUAAAUGCUAUAUCAUUGUGUUGAGACCCGAUCUGAAUAAAAAGGAGCAUCUGAUAAAAGGAAUCAAGUAA